AUGGAAUGGUUCUCCAAGAACGGGAUGCGAAGGCAACCAUGGUCUCCGUUGGCUCCGGUCAUGUUAAUUUUGUUGGUUGUGGCUACUGCAUGCCAUGAAGGAUCAGCCUUUUCCAUGGGUAGCCCUUUUGUGCGUCUUCAGCGAUCAUUUGCUGCCGAGACGAAGGUGUGGGACAGCGAGGGCGGAAAUGUAUUGGAUGAAUUGCUCAACACAACGUUGUCAGAUGCCAUUAGGCAGCAAAUGAGAAGGCCAAAGAGAAAUGGACGCACCAAUGGAGAGCAGAAAGGGGAUAAUCUUUCUGCAACCACCAGGAGAAAUUCUUUUUGGACAAUGAAUGUGUUCAAGAAUGCCAGAGACACUGCGGGGACUCUUGGUGAUAUCAUGUCGCGAGGAAGUGAUGGUGUUGGUGUCUCUUCUCCAUCGUCGGCCAAGGAGAGCAGUGCUCCUAGUUUGGGCCGAGGUAGUGGCUUGGUUACCAGUGCCGGUAAAGGUACUCUCGUUGGGCGUUUUGGGAUUGAGCAUCCUCUGGAUCGCAUGGCCUUAACAGCCAAUGGUAAUCUCCAACGACUCGUCUCUAGCUACUAUGAUGCACCAGUGCAAGUUGUGGUGGAUUAUUGUGAACCAGUAUCUGACUGUGAAGAGGUUCCAGUGACUUUUCCUAACAAUUUGCAGUACUCUAAGUUCCAACCCAAGCAGUGGGAGCGAACAGUUCAUUUGACCGUGCACAAUCAGACGUUUUGCACAGCUCACUCCCAGGUUACGGUGUUCGACCCGUUUUGCCAGGAGCUCGUAGAAUCAGGUCAGGUUGGUCUGGGCCAACUCUUUCGCUACUUGGAUAUUCUACCAGAAUUCGAACUACAUGAUGCUGGUCAGUAUCCUGCAGAAAGAGGAGGUGGGUUUUGGAGAGAGUACACUCUUAGGUGUGCAGAGCUCUCUUGCGAUAUCCACGAAGAUUUCCAAUCAGGUGUCUGGGAAAUUCGCCCGCAGAACUAG